AUGGACACCCUGUGGGUUUGGGCAGCCGUGAGCGGCGUGGCCACCCACCUUCUUCUCUAUCGAUCUGGCGAGUGGGAUGUAAAGGCGCCUAGUAUUGUGAAAGUAUAUAUCCUAUUGAGCGCAGCUCUCAUCUAUCUGGAACAUUCUGCUUUACUGGAUGGUUUCGCGACUGGCACGCGUCCAAAAUGGGCAAUAGCAGCCACAGGAUAUCAUAUCCUCGGAGUCUACGCCAGCAUGCUCUUUUAUCGUGCUUUCUGGCAUCGUCUUGGCGGAUAUCCCGGUCCAUUCCUCGCCCGGCUUUCGAAUUUCUACGUCACCUCACUCUCAGCCAAGAGUCUACAUCUCUACGAAGAGGUUCGUAAGCUGCAUCAGCAAUAUGGCGACUAUGUUCGAUUAGGCCCUACCGAGCUCUCAAUUGCCGACCCUAGGGCCGUCAAAGCACUCUACAGCGGCCAGGCGAAAGUGAGCAAAGGACCAUGGUAUACCGUGCUGGAACCCAGAGUAUCUCUCCAAAUGUCCCGAGACAAGAAAGAACACGCUCGCCGUAGGAAGGUGUGGGAUCAAGGUUUUAGUUCGAAGGCCUUACGCGAUUAUGAACCUCGCGUUUCGCAUUACGCAGAGCAGCUUCUCGACGCUAUCCGCAAGAACGUCGGCAAGCCGAUGGAUAUGGCGAAGUGGUUCAACUACUAUAGCUUCGACGUCAUGGGUGAUCUGUCUUUUGGUAAAUCCUUUAACAUGCUCGUAGGCGGGCAAGAUACAUAUUUCUCGACUCAGCUGCAUGCGGAUAUGAAGAGCAUCGGUUUGUUUAGCCACCUGACAUGGCUAUUUCCGUUUUUCAAAAGAAUCCCUAUUCUUAACUCUGACUACCUCAAAUUUUGGAAUUGGGUUGGUGGCAGAGUUGAAGAAAGAAUCAAGAAUAACCCAGAUUGUCCCGACGUGUUUUCAUGGAUCCUUGAUGCUUUUCAAAAGGGCCCAAAGACGAAGCAGGAUCACCUUGACCUACACGGUGACGCAUACCUGAUUAUUGUUGCAGGAAGUGAUACUACUGCUGCCACAUUGACUAAUCUGUUUUUCCAUCUCGCUGCUGACCGCACCUGGCAAACAAAACUCCAGACAGAACUAGACGCUUUGCCUGACUUGUCCCAGGAGAAGCUGACUAGUGUCAAGAUACUUGACGCACUUAUAAAUGAAACCUUGCGUCUCCAUCCCGCUGUACCCUCAGGUACCCAACGAAUGACUCCGCCAGAGGGUCUCCAGAUCGGUGAUAGGUAUAUUCCUGGUGACGUGAUGGUGUGUAUUCCAACACACACAUUGUUUCGAGAUGAACGAGCGUUUGUCCGGCCCGAAGAGUUUCUUCCAGAGAGGUGGAUGACGCAGCCAGAGCUGGUAAAAGACGCAUCCGUCUUCAUUCCAUUCAAUGCGGGCCCCUAUUCCUGCGUUGGGAAGCAACUUGCUCUGAUGGAGCUCCGUCGUGUGACUGCCGAGGUUCUUACGAGAUAUAAUGUCGACUUUAGCCAAGAGCAGACGGUUGACGCGUUCCUGGAUGGUAAAAGAGAUACGUUUACCUUGGUGACUGCUCCUCUGAAAUUGGUGUUUCAUGAAAGGAGAUAG